AUGGACCAAGACGCAUUCCGGGCUCUUCUCAGCACAACAAACCCUUCGCAAUCAACUCAGCACUCACGGCCCAACGGCCGCCUGGUCCUUGGCGGCGGUAGCACCAACAGAUCCACAAAUCCAUCACAACCCUCUGGAUCGACCUACAAACCAGUACCAUCCACUUCCCUCAAGCCACGGAAAUCCAAACCCAAGGAACCUGCAGAUGGCACCGUCAAAGGCUCAGAUCGCUCGUCACACGGUGGAUAUCGAGAUCGAGCAUCCGAACGGCGUCAAGGUCUGGAUGGCGACUUUGCUGAGGCUGAACAUUUACUCGAGAACUUUCAAGCCCGGGUGGCAGCGGCUGGAAGCCAAAUGGACAAAGAUGUACUAGAGCAACAGACCAAGUAUCUCGGAGGAGAUGAACGACACACUAUUCUCGUCAAGGGCCUGGAUCACGCCCUAUUGGAAAGAAGAAAGGCUGAGCUGUCAGAGGGCGGCAAACUCGGUCAAGUUACCGACGAUGACUUGGAAAUCGCAUACCAGCAGAAUGCCAACAAAGCACCAUCUGAAGAGAUUGCUCUGCCGAGCACGAGCUCGAAAGCAGCCAAAAAGAAGCACCGGGAUGAACUCUUAGAACAACUCAAAGCCGCCCGAACCCCUGCCGACUUGGUCGUCGUCGAAAAGCUUAAAGCGGCUGGGAAGUUCAAGCCGAUAGGUUUCACCAGCGUCCAAGACAAAAAUCAGGAUGAAGAACGCAAGGAGCGCAAACGACGGAAAGCCGAGAAGAAGAAAAAGAAAGCGAUCAAGGCAGAGCAAGCUGUCGAGCCAACGCCACCAUCACUCGUAUCACACCCGUUGAACGACAAAUCCCAAUCAACAGGUGGGUCGAAGGACACAUCUACCGCAGCGGAAACGCCUGCGAUCGAUGGUCAUGAGGACUCGUCACCACAAACUGCAAAGAAACCUGUUGAACCAUCAAACAACACAGCUCCCGUCGUCACCUUACCCGACACAAAUGUUCAGCCCAAGGAAAUUGAUAAAAAGAACGAGCCGAUCGAAGACGAAGAUUUUGAUAUUUUCGGAGACGCGGGAGAGUACAAAGGUUUGGACGAUGAUAGCUCAGACGAUGAGCGGGAUAGAGACCGGAAGGUGCAAGCCGAUGUGCCGCGGGACGCUGGCUUGGACUCAUCGGGCCCGAAGAAGCGAAAGACGUACUUCGAAGAUGACGACGAUGAAUCUGAGCCGGAUGAUCCAGUAAAACCGAAACCCAUCGAGCAGAGUGUCUGCCGAGCACAUGACGCUCGGCGGAAGACGAUGGAGAUCGAGGACCCGGAGGAGGAUCCGGAGGCGAGGUAUCGCUUGCCUGGAGAGGCUCCACCGCCCGACCAGGCUCCUCCGCCCCGCCCGACCAAGCUGGAAGGCCUCUCCGGAUCUGCCGACAUCCGAUCCAUCCUGGCCGCCGACGCAUUCCAGGAGAAAGAAGAGAAACGGAAGGCAAAGAAGCAGAAGAACAAGUCCGACGGCGUUGACAAAGUCUUGUCGGAUAAAGACCGCCUCAAUCGGGACGUCUUGGAAAUGGAAAACUACCUCAAACGUAAAAAAAAUAAGAGUGCGCCUGCAGCAACAACUUCGAAAUCAUGA